GCUAAACUGAUCCUAGCGCAUGCUACCCAUUGUUUCAAGGAAUUUUACGAGAUAAACGUGCUCGGUUUCUGUUCAAUCCAUUAUGUGCGGUCGCACUUGUUUAACGCUUGAACCAAAGGAGUUGGAAGGUUGCUGCAAGUAUAGGAAAAAUGAGGAAAGCAAACCAGAAGCACCACGCUAUCGCAACGAGUUCAAUUGUGGCAAAAAGUACACACCUUCGUUCAACGUGGCCCCCACAGACGUAACACCGGUGCUGGUUUCCGCUGUACACUUCGAUGAUUCAACCGAUUCUGCCGACCGCUUGUUGGUGCCAAUGAUGUGGGGUAUGGUACCCUGGUGGCACAAGGGAGACUAUGGAAAACACGGCCUAACAACCAACAACUGUCGACUGGAGGGGCUGGCAAUCUCAAAACUCUACGGUCGACCACUUGCCGCUGGCCAACGCUGUGUAAUACUAUGCGAAGGUUUCUACGAGUGGCAAACAGUCAAGCAGAUGAAAGCUUCCGAUCGCCCCGCUUUCUACGUCCACAUGCCACAGGCUGGGAAGGUGAAGGUGGAAGACAAAACCACCUGGAAAGGCGACGACGGAGAACAACUACAGCUUUUGCGAAUGGCGGGUCUAUUCGAUGUCUGGGAAAAUGUGCACGGAGACAAACUGUAUAGCUACACGGUGAUCACGUUCGAGACAGUGGGUAAGUUUGCAGAAAUACAUCAUCGCACGCCGGCAAUUCUCGAAACGGAUGAGCAGGUUUCGGAUUGGUUAGAUUUUAAGCGCGUCCCGGCCAAUAGGGCGAUAAACCUUCUACAGCCUCCCAAAGUGCUGCAAUGGUUUCGUGUGUCCAAUAUCGUCAAUAACUCGCGCAACAAGUCAGCACAAUGCAACAAACCCAUACAGGAAGGAAGUACAAAAUCACCCCUGGUUCCUAAAAGUAAACUCAUGCAGUCUUGGCUGGUAGUAAAGAAACGAAAAGUCGAGGAAACUGAUGAUAAACCAAGUGUAAAAAAAGAAUUAGAGCAUGAACCACGGGAGAAGAAACCCAAACCAGAUCCCGAUAAUUGCUGAAUUGGCUAU